UGUGAUUGGCCGCGUGUCUAUUGGAGAACAGAAGGUGGCUCCAGCCAGGAGAAAGAGUGGGGAACACCGGACCCGAUCCCAGCCCCUACUACUAACAGCCGCGUGUGCCUCCCCCUAAGUGGACCUGAAACGACAGCUAAACAAAACGGUCUUACGGAAAAACAAACACGUAUACCGUUCAUCGACAAUGUCGGGAACGCCACGGCAGGAUUUACCGACCCGUUUCACUCGCUUUCAUGGGGAAACACGGCCACUCCACCUUGCCUGCGUCCACUUUUGAACUCCCGAUACCGCAGCGCAGCUGGAUCAGCACAGGAGCCAGAAUGGAACCGUGAAGCGCACUUAGCUGAGCACACGUAUUUCCCUUCCCCACUGCUGGAUCAAUCAUUUUCGAUGUGGGACUUUACGGAUCACAGCAUCUUAACCAAAUUUGAAUGAUGGCAUCGCGCCGGGUCCAUCCCUGCGGUGACGAUGAUGAACGCCAACAACAACCAAGAACUUCUUACUGUGAGCAGAAUGACUCUUUGGAGUGGGCCGACCUUCCGGAGGCGCCUGGAGGGCCCUACCUGUCUGAAGAGGAGGCCUUCUCCUGGCCGGGGCCCAAGACGGUGCGCCUGCGACGCACGGCCAUGGGCUUCGGCUUCACCCUGCGCCACUUCAUCGUCUACCCGCCCGAGUCGACCGUGCACCCUGCCUUCCUGGAGGAGGACCACGGCCGACGAGGGCGACCGAGGAAUAAGAUAGAGCCAAUGGACACCAUCUUUGUGAAGCAAGUGAAAGAAGGCGGCCCGGGGCAUGGAGCCGGGCUGUGCACAGGAGACCGGUUAGUGAAGGUCAACGGCGCUAGUAUCCUCGGAAAGACCUACUCCGAGGUCAUCGCCUUAAUCCAAGACAGUGGUUCCUUUCUUGAACUCUGUGUGAUGCCAAAAGACGAAGACAUACUGCAGCUGGCCUAUUGCCAGGAUGCCUACCAGCGUAGUCACAACCCGUACAGCGGGAAUGCCUGUCACAUACCAGAGCCCCCCCCUCUAUGCUACCCCCGAGUAGACUGUAAGCCUCCGGCCAUGGCCCAGGCCACGGACGCGCCCCCCCCGUCCGGGCAGGCGUGCAGGGGCUCCGUGGCGACCUCGGACCUCGGGUACCGCAAGGAGAUCACGGUGCCGCCGUCGCCGCCGCGCGCCCCCUACCCAAAGAGCCAGCUGGCGGUGAGCCUGCGCAACGACGGCCUGAGGACCGUCGUGGUGCCCCCCGACGUGGCCCCCGCGGGCCGCAUGGGCCCCUCGCACAGGAUGGACUACGCGGACCCCGCCUUCCUCCGGGCCCGGCCCCGGUCGGUCUCCCAGUACCCGGCGCCGCGCAAGGCGGACGUCUACCCCGGGGGGCCCGGCCUGGCGCCCUACGGCCUGGCGCCGCCGCCCCACUUCCCCAACAACCACCAGAACAUAGACUGGCGCACGUACCAGACCUACCGGGAGUACAUCGACAACAAGGGCAUCCACACGCACGCCAGCCGCACCAUCCAGGAGCGGCUGGACAGCCUGCGCGCCGGCGGCCACAACUCCUUCGGCACGGCGCAGCACGCGCCCCCCGCGGGCUGGGUGCCCAAGGGGGUCCGCCGGCGGAGCACCUCGCACGAACGCUCCUACCACGGGCCUCCGCCGCGCUUCCAGGUGCCCCCGCGCAGCGCUUCCCAGGACCGCAUGUGCGGCGCCGAGAGGGCGGCGCAGGCCCGCCACUGGCCGCCCCGCAGCGUGUCCCAGGACGGCCUGGCGCUCAAGGCGCGCUCGCGCUCCACGGACUACGUGGAGGCGGGGGAGCCGGCGUGGCCCGCAGAGCGGCGGGGCGGUGGCGGCGGCGGCGGCUACGGCCGGCCGGACCAGGGCGCGAGGCCCAGCCGGCAGGCCCUCCCCAGGCAGGCCUCGCUCUACCGGCCCUCGGCGGCGUACGGCGCGGGCAACAUGCGGGGGCCCCCGAACCCGGCGCACUACGCUCAGGGGCCCGAGGCCCUCCAGACCCGCUCCUCGCCCAUGCUCGCCGAGCGGUCCUCGCAUCCGGGGCCGUCCGGGCCCCUCGCCGACCAAAGAGCCAAAGCCAACCUCGCGGGACCGUUCCCCCAGCAGGGCCGCUCGCGGGCCGAGACCCUCCACGCCGCCGCCGCCGCCGGGUCGGGCCGCGAGGCCACGGCGCUGGGCUACCGGCCGUCGUCGUACUCGGCCCCCCAGCAGCGGCCCCAGAGGCCCAGCAUCCUGAAGACGGGGCCCCCCCUGCCGCCGCCGCCCCACCACCACCCCCAGAGCCACAUGAACGGCGGGCGGAGCCCCGCGGAGGGCGGGGUGGUCCUCCGGGAGAAGCCCCCCUGCGGGAAGACGCCCAGCCCGCUGCGCCACCCCUCCUACAUCCUGGCGGUGAACGACGACGGGGACCCGGCGGCGGGCGUGGCGGCGUGCUGGCUGCCCAACGACACGCGGCGGGAGAUCCACAUGCGGCGGCUGGACGAGCAGCGGCAGGCCUCCUGCUCCAGCAACCUGGACGAGUCGCUGGACGCCAUCCCCUUCAUCGACGAGGCGGCCAGCCCCAGCGUCGACCGCGAGGUCACUUCCAUCCCUGCUGCGGCGGUGAUAUCGGUGGCCCCGGCCCAGGCCACCGCGCCACCAAGCCCGGCCACGCCGUCGCCUCUCAUUCGACGCCAGCUGUCACAUGACCAAGAGUCCCUCAGAAAUGCCCUGCUGGAGUCCGACGCCGCCGGUAAGACGGAGCGCUCCAAGUCUUAUGACGAGGGCCUGGACAACUACCGGGAAGAGCGUGGACGCCGCGCCUCCGGGAAACACAUGCCUAGCUACCGGGGCCUGAGGAAGACUCUGGACGGUCACAAGUCGGACGACUCGAGCUCGCGGCGGGACUCCUCGUCCGACGUCUUCCCCGACUCUUCCAAAGAAGGCUGGCUCAACCUGCGGCAGCUGCUCACCGAUAAAAGCAAGCGCGUCGGCGGCGGGAUGAAGUCGUGGAAGCAGACGUACGGCGUGCUGCGCGGCCACUCCCUCACGCUGUACAAGGACAAGAAGGAGGGGCUGUCCCACGCCUCCUCGCAGUCGGACGAGGACCUGCAGCCCAUCUGCGUCAAGGCCUGCCUGAUCGACAUCUCCUACAGCGACACCAAGCGCAAGAACGUGCUGCGGCUCACCACGUCGGACUGCGAGUACCUCUUCCAGGCGGAGGGCCGGGACGACAUGCUCUCUUGGAUCCGGGUCAUCCAGGAGAGCAGCAACCUGGACCAAGAGAACACGUCUUUCACAAGCCAGGACCUGAUCAGCAGAAAGAUCAAGGAAUACAACACCAUGAUGAGCGCACCCAGCAGCCGAUCGGAGCCCUCCCCCAAGGCGUCCCGCCAGUCCCUCAGCCUCAAGCAGGCCUUCCUGGGGCCCAAAGGAGAGGGCAAGGGCCACAGCCCCCACUCGCCCAAAACAGGGGACGACAGAAGAUCUGCUAGGGAUGACUCCAGCCCUCCGCGGGACCGGGCCAGCUGGAAGAUGGGCAUCCCGGGCCUCAUGAGGAAGCCCUUCGAGAAGAAGCCGCCCGCCGGCGCCUCGUUCGGGGUGCGGCUGGACGACUGCCCCCCCGCCAUCUCCAACAGGUUUGUGCCCCUGAUCGUGGAGGUGUGCUGUAAGGUGGUGGAGGAGCGGGGCCUAGAGUACACGGGGAUCUACAGGGUCCCCGGGAACAACGCUGCCAUCUCCAACAUGCAGGAGGAGCUCAACAGCAAGGGCAUGAACGACAUCGAUGUUGAGGAGGACAAAUGGCGGGACCUCAAUGUUAUCAGUAGUCUGCUGAAAUCCUUCUUCCGGAAACUUCCAGAACCUCUGUUUACAAAUGAAAAAUAUGCAGACUUCAUCGAGGCGAACCGAGCGGAAGAAGCGGUGGAGCGGUUAAAAGAGCUGAAGAGGCUGAUCUACGAGCUGCCCGAGCACCACUACGAGACUCUCAAGUAUCUCCUCCUCCACUUAAAGAAGGUCGCGGAAAACUGUGAGACCAACAAGAUGGAGCCCCGUAACCUGGCCAUCGUGUUCGGGCCCACGUUGGUGCGCACCUCGGAGGACAACAUGACCAACAUGGUGAACCACAUGCCCGACCAGUGUAAGAUCGUGGAGAACCUCAUCCAGCAGUGCGACUGGUUCUUCAGCCAGGAGGCCACGGAUGAACCCGACACCUCGGCGGACCAGGAGAGCACGGUGCAGUCCCAGCCCGUGCCCAACAUCGACCACCUGCUGUCCAACAUCGGCCGUACGGCGGCCUCGCCCGGGGAGGUCUCAGAUUCAGCAUGCAGUGACUCCUCCAGAUCCAAGGGCCUGUGGGGCCCCGGGAAGGACCAGUGUAGCAGGGAGAUGCUGCGCUCCUCCUUCUUCGUCAGCCGCAAGCGCAAGAAGCCCAAGACCCAGCCCAGCAGCUCCGACGACGACCUGGACGCCGCCUACCCCAAGAAGGAGCUCCCGCCCUCCCCCUGGUCCCCCGGGGGCCCAGCGGGGGAGGCGGAGGGGCCCCGCGGGACGGACCUCGUCGACGCCGCGGACGGGCGGGGCGGCGGCAGCGGCAGCGGCGGCUCCCCGGAGGGGCGAGGGGACGCGGUCGACGGCAAAGACUCGCGCUCCAGCAGCCUGCUGUCGCAGCCGUCCCCCCCGCCGUCCCCCCGGCGCGCCUCGCCCUCCCCGCCACCCCGCGCCACCCCCUCCCCCUACGCCUCCCCCCCGCACUCCCCCGCCCUGGGCUACCCCACCAAGGCGCCGUCCCUCUACGACGACGCCGUGUCGGACCUGGGCACCAUGAACAGCACCAGCUCCCAGGCCUCGGGCCCCCCCCGGGCCAGGCGCGGCCGGGCCCCGGGGCCCCAGCCCCCGGAGGCGGCGGAGGUGUGCUCCAUCACGUCGGACUACUCCACCACCUCCUCCAUGACCUUCCUGACGGGGGCGGAGCUCUGCGCCCUCGGCCCCGAGGCGCGCUCGGUGUCGGGGAGCCGCGGCGGCGGCGGCGGCGGCGGCGAGGACGACGCCGACGACGAACGCAGUGAGCUCAUCAGCGAGGGGCGGGCCAUGGAGACGGACAGCGAGUGCGACCUGUCCGUGUUCACGAGCGGGAAGGAGGAGCCGGCGGCGGAGGAGGCGGGCCCCGCCGCCGCCCAGGGGGCCCCCGAGGCGAUGCGGCCCCUGCCCUUCCACCGGCUGAUCGAGUGCGACACGCUGUCCCGCAAGAAGGCGUCGGCGGCGCGGCAGAAGACGGACAGCGAGUCGUCGCUGGACGCGGCGGGCGAGCCGGGCCGGCUCUCGCGCGUGGCGGCGGCGGCCGGCCGCUCCACGGGCAGCCUCAGCUCCUCGUCGCGCAGCGAGUCGGAGAAGGCGGAGCCGCCGGCGUGGCGGCUGAAGAUCACGGAGCGCCUCAAGUGCCGCCUGCGCACGUCGGUGGACGACAUGUUCGGCGUGGGCGGCCAGCGGGCGGCGGAGGGGGGCCGCGCCAAGAAGAAGAACAUCCGCCGGCGCCACACCAUGGGCGGCCAGCGGGACUUUGGCGAGCUGUCGGUGCUCGGCGAGUGGCAGCAGGCGGGCUCGCGCGCCGAGCUGUCGGCCGUGGACCGCCUGCGGCCCAAGUGCAGCUCGCAGGACUUCUCCAUCCGCGACUGGAUCGCCCGCGAGCGCCACCGCACCAGCAACCCCGAGGUCAGCCUGGACCUGGGGGAGGCCCCGGCGCUGGGCCCGGGCCCCGCCUCCGCCUCGGAGCUCCUCCCCCAGCGCCGGGAGGCCGCGCCCGGCAAGAGCCUGAGCCUGUCGGCCACGGCGCACCCCCACAAACUGUCGGGCGCCCAGGUGGUCCAGUCGCGCUUCUAUCAGUGCCUGUGAGGGGGGGGAGGCCCCGCCCUGUGGUGGGCGGGCCCCUCUAGGGCCCCGUCGGUGUGUGUGUGUGUGUGUGUGUGUGUGAGUGAAUACGUCGCUGAGGCGUGUCGUCUUGGAUCUUAUUAAUGUCCGUGAACGAGCAUGUUGUACUGAACACGUGUCGGCCCUUGUGUGGCCUUGUGUCCGUGAGGGUGGUGCGUGUUUGUCAGUGUUUGUGUGUGUGUGUGUGCGCUUGUGAAUAAUGAUAUCCGCGCACACAGGGAUUGUGGAUCUGUUUCAUUGUCUGGCAUGGGAGAAGAUGUGGUUUCAUAUAUAAAAAAAAAAUUCUAUUUUUUUUUUUCCCAAUGACAAGUGACUGUGGGAUGUGGAGGGAGGAAGGCCCCCGCCUUCGGCUCCAGGUCCCCGUUAUGCUGAUCUGACGCCCCCCCCGGGAGCCCGUCGUGUAUUGACAGAGUCUGGACGGUGAUGUUGAAGAGGGGCUUGUGGAAAGGGUCCUUUUAGUGAGGUUUGAUGAAUAGGCGCUAGGAAGUAGGUAGCUGUAGGAAAGGAAAGUAAAACAUAGGACUGGAAUCUAGCGUUGCAGAGAGAGCGCAUCUAUUUUUUAGUGGAGCAGGAAAGCGAUGGUUGGAGUCGGUGAGUCGUGGGUGUACCAAAUGAAGAAUGUACAGACGUGCUUGCUGUAACGCUGACUAAAAGCUUUAGUUGCUUGUAUUUUUAAAGUGUACAUAUCAUUUUUUUAUGAAUUAAUUGCUCUUUCUUUCUUUACUUGAAGUGUAUUUUUAGUUUUUGGUACGGGGGCUACACAGGCUCCAAAUGAGGAACCCCCCCCCCCCCUGCCUCGCGGUACAAGAUGACGGGAGACACUGGACAUGGGAAAUACUGUUUUUAAAUCCACCCCUCUUUCAUCUCUCAACCCUACAACCCUCCCAGAGCCGCGAACAACGCCUCUGAUAGCAACGUGGUCCGCUUUGGGUGACGAGUCGGUGCGCCCGUGAAUUCGCACGCUCGUCUGCCCCCUUGUGGCCGAAGUUAACAACCGAUCGGAGAGGAAGGAAACGCCGAAACCAUGAAUAAUCAAAAGAGAAAGAGGGCAUGGAUUUCAGAGCGAUAGGAAGUGCCUCUCGAUGAAAUGUUAAGAGUGCCAUAGGGUAUUCUGUUGGGAUACCUUUUUAAAGAUGUGAACUGUGAAUGAUUUGUAUUGUGGACCCACACACACACACACACACACACACACACACACACACACACACACACACACAACAGGUGAUUUAACUCAAUGCCGAGCUUCCAUUCCUGAGGCAUUCCACUCUGGUCUUAACAUGUUUUAUACUCGAUUUUAUUUUGUUUUUCCAUUUUUGGGAUUUUAACAGAACUUGAAUUUUAAAUAUUUGUGUAAAAAAUAAGUAAGUUAAUUGUGUAUAUAAAUGCAAUGUUUUAGCUGCUUUUCUCUUCAUUUCCAUAGAUUUUUUUUUUUGCGGGAUUCUCGUUAAGUAUACAGUAUUGCCAGGUGUGGCUGGGCAGUGAUAGAAAGGUACUGGAGGGCCCGGCCGACAUGCAUUGGGCUCUCCUGAGCUGGACCAUUUGUAACCAAUCUGUGGGCCUCCCCCGUAGGGAGGAAGCGAGGAGGGACAAAGCCUUCGAAAACACUGGAAAUAAACCUUGUCAAUGGCACACGCGUCUCUGGUUCUUUAUUGAGAUGAGGCGCAGUUUGAUCGUGACUCACCUAAACUGGAACCGUGGUUCUUGUUUGCUCCUGAGCGCCACAAGCGACCCAAACGAUAAACGGAACUUUCCCGAGCAGUUCUGAUGCGAUACGUUCAGACAAUCGGGGUCGGUCACUUUUAAAAAUGCUUUAUGUACAAGUUGCGCAAUCACACACAACAAAGACUUGAAACAAUAAGAUUUUAUACAAUUUGUACAACAGCUGACUAGAAACUCACUGACGUUACUAACGUGUGACGUUGGGAGCGGGUUAAGUCUGAACACGGAUCGAAUGAAUCGAUUAACAAAAUGGAUAACGAGCCACUGGGUAGGUACCUCCAAUGUUAAAGGACCGCUCUCGGAUCAGAUAUUGAUCGGCCUUUUUGUCUGGGAGGGAGUCAAGCAAAUCUUCUUGAAAUGUUCUACGAGAAAACCACGCUUCAGCCAGGUUUGCCAGAUUAGGCGGGAAAUCUGUCCCAAUCUGGCAACACUGCCCACUGAGCUAAUUGAUCUACAAUAAUUAAAUGUGUGAGUUGUCUUAACUUAUGUAAAUGUGCACCUCAAUGGAGACCAUUCGUAUUUUUGAGGAAAUUGUGGGUUCUUUAUAAUGAGCACACCCACAUUAAGGCACAGUGACUAAAGUAACACCACAGAUCAGUCAAAACAUCAGGACAGGAAAACAUUUGAUCGGUUUUCUUGGACACAUUUUCGAUUCGGAGCAACAUGACGCAUCAUCCCCUCAUUUUGGUUAGCGGUACAAGUUCAUGUCGCCAGACGACAUCUGUGCAUAGCCAAAACACGACUGUAGGACAACACAUUUCCACACAAAGAAUCACGUACCAGAAGCCAUAAACACGAUAAUCAGAAGGGUUGUGAGUCAACAGAUGCUGUCAGAUUCUUAACGAGUCCGAUCUAAAAGAUGAAGUCGAGGAUGAGAAUCUUCACAUGGGGAUACGUUGUGCUGUAAAGCAUUCUUCUUGGUGUGCGUACUGCGUAGUAGUGUGUCUGUGAGAGGGGAACGCAAAAGGCCUCAGACAAGAUUGUGUUGUUCCUAUACUCGGCCACCAGGGGGAGCGCAAGAAGAGGCUCCUCCAACACUAAAGUCCAUGACAGAAAAAUUACCUAUGGGAUCUAUUGCUA